CUACAGUAAUGCAAAAUAUUCACGGUUGGACUUGAAUUGGGCGCUAUAUAAAAUCCAUAGGAGAACAGAACAGAAGAGAUAGACAAUAACAUAUCCGAUAUCACAGUGGCACUGUAGCGAUGGGAAGCGUAGCGGUGAUGGAGCUCCAAGAAUACUCAAGAAACCGGGCUAACAUAGUGAAAGAGAUAGUGAAGCUGGAGAGAAAGAUGUUCCCCAAGCAUGAAUCCCUCGCUAGAUCCUUUGAUGAAGAACUCAAGAAGAAGAACUCCGGAUUGCUGUAUGUGGAAGUUGAGGGAGAGAUUGUAGGCUAUGCUAUGUAUUCAUGGCCUUCUUCGUUGUCUGCUUCCAUAACCAAGCUUGCAGUGAAAGAAAGCUGUAGGAGGCAAGGGCAUGGAGAGGCGCUGCUGAAAAUGGCAAUCAGUAAAUGCAGAACAAGAAACUUGCAGCGUAUAAUGCUCCACGUCGAUCCCUUGAGGACUCCUGCCUUGAGUCUCUACAAGAAACUGGGUUUCAAAGUGGACAAUCUUAUAGAAAGUUACUACUCUGCUGAUCGAAAUGCCUACAGAAUGUACUUGGAAUUCGAUUGUGCUUAGCCAUUUGUUGACUAAAUGAAUCUACGUUGCUUGUGUAAGAACAUCAUGAUGAAAUUAUCGAGCUUUGGCAUACUUUUUGAAGAUUUUGAAAGAAAAUAUACUGCUAUAUC